UGCACUCUACCUGUUGUAAACAAUUCGUUGUCAACCUCCACCUCACCACACUCUCCAACAAUAUUGUUACUAAUUACUGUAGUACUGUACUUCUGUAAAUUUUGGCCYGUGCUUAUGAUUUAAUUCGUCAACUGUCGGUUAACCAUUGUGCAUUAUAUUAUCUUCAAUCGUGCAAAUAACAUAUCUUUGGCAAGUUUCUGAUUAAUAUUGUAUUUAUUAUAUAUAAUAUUAACCAUUCAGUAGGCCAGUUCAUCUCCUACAGAAUUAGUCCUCUCCGUGCCUUGAACAGAACAGUGGAAGAACCUCCUGAAGCUACUGACUGGGUAUGCGGUCGAAUUAAUAAGGGCACUUCACACUUUGAUAUCAAAAUACUUCAACCACUUUUUUAUUGACAACAUAGGAUUGUUACUCCAUGCAAUAAUCUUAAGGGCGUCGGAGCCGGUGCUUUUUUACUAUUUUCAGUCCAAACAUUUUGUAAUUUUUUUUAAUUCAAAGAAAAGAUCAUCACCUUCAAUGUCGGAAAACACUCAGGUGAUGCCAAUCAUUAAUGAUCUUGUAGGACCUGAAGAAAUGCCCAUUAUUUCAAAUAAUGAGAUGGAAGAAGACAAUGCACGACCAGAAGGAACUUUUAGACUUGAAAUUGAAAAUUUUAGUAAAUUAGCAAUUAUUAAGGAACAAACACUAUCACCUCCUUGUUAUGUUCGCAAUCUUCCAUGGAAAAUAAUGAUAAUGUAUAGAGCAGACGAAUACAGAGGAUUAAAUCAUGCUGUUGGUUUUUUCCUUCAAUGUAAUGGUGAUUCAGAAAAUACUUCCUGGAGUGUUAAUGCAAGUGCUGAACUUUGUGUUAUAUCUCAAAAAGAAGGAAUCUCAAAUGUUAAACGUAAAAUUCAACAUCUGUUUAAUCCAAAAGAGAAUGACUAUGGAUUUAGUUUUUUCAUGUCUUGGGAAGACAUAACAGAUGAAGCCAAAGGAUAUAUUAAAAAUGAUACGGUUUUUUUUGAAGUAUCUGUAACAGCUGAUGCACCGCAUGGUGUAAAUUGGGAUUCUAAGAAACAUUCUGGAUACAUAGGUCUGAAAAAAAAAAGUGCCGUAGGCUAUAUGAAUUCACUUUUACAAGCAUUAUUUUUCACUAAUCAACUACGCAAGGCUGUAUAUAAAAUGCCUACUAAAAGGGAUGAUAGUAAUGACAGUGACGUAUUAGCAUUACAAAGAGUAUUCCACAAGCUUCAAUUUUAUAAUAAACCUGUUGGAACCAACAAAUUAGUUAAAAGUUUUAGAUUGGAAAUCCUUACAAGUAUAUCAUUGCCGUAUUAUGAUAUUCAAAAAUUCUUAAAAUAYUUGCUUGUUAAAUUGGAAAAUAGAAUGAAAGACACGAGUGUUGAAGGAACUAUACCUAAGUUAUUUGGGGGAAAAAUGAUUUUAUAUAUACAUUCUAGAAAUGAUAAUAAUACAUCAAAGCUAACUCAAACAUUCUAUGACAUUCAGCUCAAUAUAAAAGGAAAAAAAAACAUUUAUGAAUCAUUCAAAGAUUAUAUUCAAGUUGAGACACUGCGUGGUGUUAACUCAUAUGAAGCUAUAUUGUAUGGUUUACAAGAUAUGGAAAACAGAGUUAUAUUUGAAUCAUUUCCUCCUGUUCUUUGUCUACAYCUUAAGCGAUUUCAAUAUGAUCCAGUCACAGAUAUCUCUUUUAAAAUCAAUGAUAGAUUUGAGUUUUAUGAUAAAAUUAAUUUGGAUCAGUUUUUAAAAAAUAAAGAAGAUACUCCAGCUGAUUACACAUUGUAUGCAGUUCUUGUUCAUAGUAGGGUUGAUCAUAAUGGAGUUAAUUUUAAUGGACAUUAUGUGGUUUUCAUUAAUCCUAAAGGCGAUGGAAAGUGGUGUAAAUUUGACGAUGAUGUUGUCUCAAGAUGCCCUAAAGAAGAAGCAAUAGAACGUAAUUUUGGUGGCGAUAAUGGAGACAUCAUUAAUUGGCGUAUGAUGCCAAUAAAGAAAUGUAGAAAUGCACAUAUGUUGAUUUAUAUUCGUGAUUCUGAAUUAAAAAAUGUGCUGCAGGAAGUUACAAUUAAUGAUAUAUCAAAAAAGGUUUAUAAAAGUAUUAACUAA